AAGAGAACCCAUCGGGGCCAGAAACGCUGUUGGGAUCAAUCCCAAAGACAGCAUCCCUAACCUCCUCCCUACUCGGGAGCUCACAGAGGCCGACGAGGUCAACCGAAGGAGGAAUGAUGGGAAAGAAAGAAGCGAUCGGGGCAUCGAGGGCCCCUCUGUCGGAGGUGAAAAGGGUCUGGAAGUGGGCAGUAGCCGACUCCCGAAUCUGAGACUCUUGGGUCACACGGUCGAGCCUCUCUUUGAGAUCGUCCCUAACCCACGUAAAGGGCUCAGCCUCACAUCCAGCACCAAUCAACUCACAGUCCGCCACAGCCUGAGCAAAGUCCCACAUCUCUCUAAAACGAUCCAAAAGGCCACCCACACGCUCAUCGGGAUGCAGAAAGAUGUUGAAAUCGCCACUAAAAAUCCAUGGCAAUCCCUCCAUGCUCUCAGCAAUCUCACGCAGGGUGUCCCAGAGAUCAUAUCUCCCGACCCUAUUACACUUGACAUAAACCAAGGUAUAGAAUAUGGGCUCAGGGAGGUGGGUCACAGAAAGCUCGACAUGAAGCACCUGGUCGGUAUCCCGGAGGACCCGACAGGUGUAAUCACGCGACCCCCAAAAUCGGCAAUUACAGGGGCUGAGAAGCCAAAAUCUACUUCUAACACUUCUACUCCUAAUAUUCCUUUACCUUUUCCUCAACGUUUUGCAAAGAAAAAAAUUGACGAACAAUAUGCCAAAUUUAGUGAAAUAUUUACUAAAGUUCAAAUAAAUAUUCUGCUUGUUGAUGCGUUGCAGGAGAUGCCCAAAUAUGCCAAGUUCUUGAAGGACAUGGUAUCUAGGAAGAAGAAACUCAAAGCGUAUGAGAAGGUGAAUUUGACGGAGGAGUGUAGUGCUAUGAUCCAAAAGAAGAUGCCUUUCAAACGCAAGGAUCCCGGGAGCUUCACAAUAGCAUGCAUUAUAGGAGGAAAGCGGUUCGGGAAGCUGUUGUGUGACUUGGGAGAAAGCAUCAAUCUCAUGCCACUAUCAAUUUUCAAGAGGUUGGAGAUUGGGACGAUUAGGCCCACUACGAUUGCAUUGCAAAUGGCGGAUAGAUCCUUGUCUUAUCCGAAGGGGAUUGUGGAAGACGUAUUGGUGAAAGUCAAGGGGUUUAUCUUCCCGGCUGAUUUUGUGGUCCUUGACAUGGAGGAGGAUAAGGAGGUUCCACUAAUUUUGGGUCGUCCAUUUCUUGCAACCGGGGGAGCGUUGAUUGAUGUGAAGAAUGGCGAGCUUACUCUCCGGGUUGAUGAAGAGAGCAUCACAUUUUCCAUAUAUCAAGCGAUGAAGAAUAAUAAUGAGGAUGGUGAGAUCAAAGAAUGUAAAGUGAUUGAAGUUGUUGAGGCUUCCUUCGACAAUGACAUAAUUACUUCUUC